AUGGCACCCGAACCCGUACGCUCCUUAGUAUCCCUUGGCCACUGAUACGCAUCCCCCUCCCCUCCCCCCCUCCCGCUCCCCCUCUUGUCUCCGCUUCAACGCAACUGAUUCUCCCAUCUCGUACCGAACCCUUUUCGAAACAGACAAAACGAAAGCUCGUGGUCGUAGGUGACGGAGCGACGGGCAAGACCUCCUUGUUAUCAGGUACGGUCUGGGUGGCUUCCUACGCGCACUUGAACCUCGCUCCGCUCCGCUCGGUCCUGGCCUGCGGGUCGCCCCUCCACGUCGGCUUCGCACGUCAGCGCGAGCACGGCCGAUAUACGCCGGGCAGACGACGACAGAACAGAAUCGCGCCGAGACACAGCCUCCUUCAGUCUGGGCAAUGGGAAAGGAGUUAUUGGCAUCGGCACCGGAUAGGGGUCACUGACUUGCGAUUUCGUCACUCGUGCAGUCUUUUCAAUGGGAGAGUUCCCACAACACUAUGAACCCACCAUAUUCGACGUACGCCCCGGGGAGACAGUCUAGCCAAUUUCGGAAACAUGCUGAUCUGCGCUGUUGGCCCCAUUCGCACACAGAAUUUCGUCGCAGAGAUUCGGUUGGAUGGAAAGGCCGUUCAGUUGGCGUUGUGGGAUACGGCGUGAGUCGUCGCUCGUGUACGAGGAGGAUUGCCCGCCCCGGCGAAAGAAUCGAGACCCGAGCUGCCCGAUUUCCCCUAUCCAGUCACUGACACACCCCUCUUCUUCGCGAUGACUCGUACAGAGGUCAAGAAUCAUUCGAAGUUGGUCCCAUCGUACCAUUGAUGUCUGACCCCACCACCUUGACUAAUCAACUCCCUCUCCUCCUCCUCCUCCUCCCCCACACACAGCGUCUAAGACCCUUAUCCUAUGCCUCGGCGCACGUCAUCCUCAUCUGCUACGCGAUCGACUCCCCCGACUCACUCGAGAACGUCACGACGAAAUGGAUCGAAGAAGUACGCGCCCACCUCAAAGACGUGCCCGUACUUUUGGUCGGGUUGAAGAAGGAUCUCAGGGAUGGGAAUCCGAGCGCUGCGCGGUGUAUCAGUACCCAAGAGGUGAGAAAAAGAGUGAUCAAGUUGAGCGCUGUCUGAUGUGAACCUAACUCUAGCACCUUCUGACUGAUUCCCCCCCAAACAGGGCGAACUAACCGCGCGCGAAAUCGGCGCCAAAGCCUUCUUCGAGACCUCCGCUUUGCUCAACGAAGGUGUAGACGAGGUCUUUGAAGCGGCUACUCGGCAGGCGAUGUUGGUCCGAACGACGAACGAAGCAUCGGCACGGAGAAUGAACGGCGCGAAUGAGGCGAGGAUGGUCGGAAGUAAUAGGGUCGGACCCGGGAGGAGUUGGGAGGAGAAGGAUAGGGAGAGAAACGGGUGUGGAUGUGUCGUUUGUUGA